ACAAAUUCAAAUCGAAGUCGUUACUUUGAGAAGCGAGAAUCGGUUAGAUCUGUGCAGCUUGCUUCUCGAAGGGAGAGACAGAAAUUUGUGUCUGGCAUUGUGGAGAUAGAAACUUUCUACGCAAUUUUGAUUGAUAAUGGCAACGAGAAAUCGAAUUGGAGUUAUGAAUCAUGCCAAUCAGGAGAAUAUUAAAAAUGUCAAAUCUUCAGUUGCUGUACCUAGAAACACAAAAAGAGCAGCAUUAGGUGAAAUAAGUAACAGAGUUAACACAUUGAGGGGUACAGAGCCCAUAGAUAGAACUAGUUUAUUACAAAAAGAUAAGAAGAAAGUAAUUAUACAAAAGCGACAAGUUGUGAAACCAGUGGAAAAUGUAUCUAAAAAGCCACUGGAUGAAAACGCUGUUGAAAUUGCAAAGUCAGUCAAACAUGUAGAGACCACCAUUGUAGAUGGCAUAUCCGCAACUGAUGUAGCAUUGAUUUCUGUUAGCAAGAAGAAAGAAAGGAAAAAAUCAUUUUCAACAGAUCUAUUAAAAUUUGAAGAUAUUGAUGAACAAGACAACAAGAAUCCUAUUUUAGUUGCCCUCUAUACCAUUGACAUACAUGAAUAUUUAAGAUCGUUAGAAGUCAAAUUUCCUAUUAAAAAAGGAUAUCUAGCAGGCCAAGAAAUCACUCCUAAAAUGAGAAGCGUGCUGAUAGAUUGGUUGAUCGAAGUACAUCAGCAGUUUCGAUUAAUGCAAGAGACCUUGUAUCUCACAGCUGCAAUUAUCGAUCGUUUCUUACAGUCUUACCGGACUAUAGACAGAAAGAGAUUGCAGCUGGUAGGUGUGACAGCUAUGUUUAUUGCUAGCAAAUAUGAAGAAAUGUAUUCGCCGGAUAUAACAGAUUUUGUUUACAUAACGGAUCAAGCAUACACAAAGUCGGAUAUAUUGCAAAUGGAAAUGCUCAUUGUGAAAACUCUAAACUUUUCUUUCGGCCGGCCGUUGCCGCUGCAUUUUCUUCGUAGGUACAGCAAAGCUGGAAAGGCACUCCCUGUACAUCAUACAAUGGCAAAAUAUUUCCUUGAGCAGAGCUUGGUUCAUUAUGAAAUGUGCCAUUAUCCACCUAGUCUCAUUGCUGCAGCAGCGAUAUAUCUAGCAUUUUUAAUUAUUGGUAAUGAUACAGAAGACGAAAGUAAAGCUAUCUGGACAGAUACUCUAGCAUACUACAGCACCUAUUCUAAGGACGAUGUGUUACCUGCAGUAUGUGAUAUAGCUGCUAUAAUAGUUAAUGCAGAAAAUAGUAAAUAUCAAGCUGUAAGGAAGAAGUACGUUCAUGUGAAACACAUGAAAAUUAGUGUUCGGCCAGAGCUUAAGUCGCCUACUCUGCUUGCCAUUGCAGCGAGAAGCAAUGAGACACAAAGUUCUACUAGAGCAGAAUAGCAUGCCUACUUAUUUGUAACAUUUAUAUAUGCACGUGAUGAGACAUUUUCAAUAAGGAGUUUGUUUAGCGCAUUGAAUGUUAUAUGGAGAAUACGAAUGGACAUUGCGUUUUAUGAAAACCAUUUUACCUUCAAAAAUUAAGAUAAAGUAAACUUUAUUACAAGAUGAAAGCGUAUGGAUUAGACAUUUGAUGCGCGACUUUCUUAUUGAAGUCUAUUCUCAUUUAGUUAUAUAAAGUAGAUAAAAAGCGACUUAAAAAUUACAUACAAAAGUUUAUAAGUAUAUGCAUGAAAAUUUACUCAGGUAAUGCUGAUGGAUUUUAUUUUGGACCCAUAAUUAAACUAGGUUUAUCAGAAAUUUCACAAAACACUUUUUAUAAUAAAAUAUUAAUAAAGAUUUUUAGUUUUUAUUCCUAGAUGAUUGUAAAAAUAUUUUAAUUGAUAUUAUUUUUUUAAUUGAUAUAAAUCCUACAUAGAUGCUUUUGUCAUAUGAAAAUAUGUAAGUAUUUCAAGGCAUAUACUUUUAUGCUUUUAUAGCCAUAUUUUGUCAAAUAUAAUCUACCUUAGUAUGCGAAUUUAUUAUUAAGUUUUUUCGCUAUUUUGAAAUAUAAAUU